AUGAAUAAAAAAUUUUCGAGUUCCAUAAAUAUGAAUAAGAGUAACGAAAAUGAAAAUGUUUUAAAAGAUAAUAAUAACAUCUCUGCAUUUAAUAAAAACACCAGUGAUGUUAAGAAUUUUGGGAACUUUAACCAAAGCAGCAGGAGUUCCGCCUUCGGCAAACGCUACAGCCAUGGCAGUAAGAGCAAAAGCAAGGUAUCUUCCGGCAGUUAUGUUGGUGGAGCUGUUGGUGGUAGUGGGAUCAACAGAGAAACGGGGACCAAAAAUGAAGAAGCCAAUUACUCCCUAAACGAAACGAAGUUAAAUACAAAUGCGAAUUAUAUGAAUUCUAGCAUGAAGGAAAACAAGGGAGGAGGGUACCCUCUGAACAGUAAUGACCCCAACAUACCUCCUGUCAACGAGAGCAGUAAAAUCAUUCAGCACAACACCAAAAUGAGUAGUUUCAAUAAGGAUAAUAUGUUGCGCAAAGGCGUAAAGGACGAAGGUAUGUACGGCCACAGUGGCUUAGGGCCUAACAACAAUGCCAACAAUGUGAUAGGCAGUAUGGAUAAUGCCAAAAGCGGCAUGAAUAACAACAGUGGAAACGCAGCUGGCGGUAUUUAUCAAGAGAAUAAUCAGGUGAAAAGUACGAGCUACAAAACUACAAAAAACAGCGGAAGCGGAAAUAACAGGAACAACAGCAUGAGCGAGAAAAAAACGAACAUGGAAGGCAUAAGCAGCACCAACUUAAAGGGAAACGAACGAUUUAGUCACCUGAAUGAAAACCGUACCAGCAGCACAAAGUACAAUGCAAAGAAUGCCUUUAGCUCAAAUAAGAAAAAUAUGUCUACGUAUAACACAAAUUUGAGCAGCGCGAACAAUAGCAACCUUAAAAAAGGUGGUGAAAAUGCCUGUUAUGCACAAAACAAUAUCAAGAGAGAAACAUCAGAUAAUGCAUUGAAUAGUAAUGUCAACAUGGCAGAGUUAAAUAAAAACUUUGGGGUUUCCAUUGAUCCCAAUAUGAACAACAUUGACAUGAGCAACAAACUGAGCGCGAAGGAUUCUUACGGAAAAGGAGACGGUAACAACAAUGAUGCAAACGUGGGUGCGAAUACCGGAAAUAGCAACCGAACUGGCAACUCGCGGGGCGGAAAUGGCCGAAGCGGUAACGGACGCAGCGGCAACGGUCGGAGCUCCAAGGGUCAUAGAGGGGGCCGUAGAAGAAACAACAACUCGGGUGCGAAUAAUGCAGGCGCUAAUAAUGCAGAUGCGAAUAAUGCAGGUGGAAACAACGCAAGCGGGAAUAAUGCAGGCGCUAAUAAUGCAGGUGGAAACAACGCUAGCGGGAAUAACGCUGGCGUAAAUAACCCUAGCGGAAGUACCCCCGGAGGGAACAGCGGCACCGGUCGAAGCGGCAAACGGGGAAGCAGACGAGGCGGAAACAGGAACAGGCGAAGCAGCAACAACAACUCGGGUGCGUUCAAGUCCCUCAACAUGAUGAAAAGCAAGGACGAAAAAAUGAAUGAAAAUUUUGACAAUGCAAUGCCGGAAAAUGAGUACAUGCAGGAAAACGCAAAUAAUUUAAGGGGCACGACAGAGAAUCAGCCCUCGCAUGGCGGCAGGAGCAGAAAUAGCAAGAUGGUGUCCCAUGGCUCGAACACGGCCAUGGGCGGAGGCCGCAUGAGCAACGUGGGCAUAAAUGGCGUGCAGAAUAUGCAGAGCAUGCAAAGUAUGCAAAAUAUGCAAAACGUGCAAAAUAUGCAAAACGUGCAAAACAUGCAAAACGUGCAAAGUAUGCAAAACAUGGCAAACAUGCCAAGUAUGCACAGCACGAAGAGCCUCGAGCACGGAAAGAAAAGCUCAAGAGAAAAUGAAAAGGCGAUCCCCGGGACAAUGAUGAAGAACGCGAGAAACAUGUCCUACGACAACAAGGGGAACAGCUACAUGAAUGACCCGAACCAGAUGAACGCGUACGAGGCGAAGAAGAGCGACCCUUACGCGAAUUACUCCUCCUCCAAUAGCUUGAAAACGAUGAGCCAAAUGAACACCAUGAACAGCGUGAGCAACGUGCACAACCUGAACAGCAUGAAUAGUGUGAACAGCGCGGGCAGCAUGAGCGGUGCAAACAACCCUAUGGACGACCCUUACAGCGGAAACAAACAAAGCUGCAACGUGAGCGGCUCGACACCCUUCCAAAACAUGGAGGCAGAUGCAUUUCUCUUUCACGACUUUAACGAAUUCGUGACGUACAUGUAUAAGGAUGAAAACAUUUUAACCCUUUUCUACAUACGAAAAAAUUACCUGAAAGCAGAGUCGCGCGAAGAAUUUGUAACCGAAAAUGACAAAAUAAAAUAUUCAAUCAUAUGGUCCUUUCCUAAUGAUGAAAAGAUUACCGUUACAGGGACGCAUAGCACAAAGAAGUUAAGCAAAAAGGUAUGCGUGAAGAAAAUUUUACAAAAGUUAAAAAACAUCUCAGUCUUAGAGAUAGACCAAAUGACCAAGUGGAUGAUCAACAGCUUAAAUGUGGCUCUCAAAGUGGAGCAUAAAAACAUGGAAACCAAAAUGAACAAUAAUAAUUUGUAUUGCACCAGCAUAGAAUGGAAAAUCAAUAACAAAAUGUAUCACUCCAUGGGAAUACAUGUGCAUGAGAAGAUUGCCGAAAUUAUCGCAACACAGAACUUGUACAUGAUUCUGUAUGACAUUAAGGAUCAGUUGGUUAAAGAAAUGGAGAGUGGCAAAAUGACUAGCCAACAUGGCUCCGCUGGUGGGAUGAAUAGCGGCAAGGCGUACGAAAACAGCCUCUUCGACAAAAUGAUGAAUAACAGCAAUAACAAAGGCUACGACGAUCAUGUUGCCAAUAAAAUGGGAGGCAAGUACGAGUACGGAAAAGGACAAAUGAUGCAGAACAAAAAUAUGAUGGAUGCUGCGGCCCUUUAUAAGAGUGGGAGCCCCACGAAUAAAGAUUUCAAUGCACAAGGCAUGAAUAAUUGCAACACGUAUUAUAAUCCGAAUGAUGGGAUGCUGCCCCCGCAGUGUGGUGACAAUCCAAUGAUGCACUCCGUGCAAGGCGGCGCUGUCAUGAGCGGUGCUGUUGGCGGUGCGGGCAAUAUGAACCCCGGCGUCAGAGGUGGAAACAGCAUGGAGUUAGCUAACGCAGGCCAAAUUGCAGGAAACAACAACCUGAACAUGAACCUUAUGAACUACCCAAAUGGAAACAAUAUGGGCAUGCCCCUUAUGAACGACAAAAAUAUUGGACCAGGCGUUGGAGUAGACCACAUGAACGGGUUGAAUAACCCUGGAAUUGUGCCUCCAGCACCGGUGAUAACGGACCCAACAGACCUUAUCGCCUACAAUUUAACGAAACAGGACUCGGGGAGUAUCCAAAUGCUAAGAAACAACAUUGCCUCAAGGUAUAAAGUGCACCAAACGGAGAACUUCGAGCAGGUGUAUAAUUUGUUUAAGUGUACACUCGAGUGGGAGUGGAAAAAUGGAAAGAUAGCCUGUAAAACCAAAAGUGUCGGUUAUGGUACCACCAAGAAUUUGGCCAAGUGCGAAGCAGCCUACGACAUGCUAGUGAAAAAUAACCUCAUAGAGUAUAUAUCCUCCACGGAUAGGAAGAAUGCCCAUUAUAUAAAAGAUUUAAUACAGAAGGAUGUGAACAAAGCCAUGAAGCUAGCCAUUCAGUUCAUCAUGCAGUAUAGCAGUAACGCGUGGUCGAUUUUUUUAGUUUACCUUUUGAGGGAGUUGCUCAUAGAUGGCAAUUAUGACCACAUCAAUAGGCUUCUGACCACCGUAGUGGAAGUCAGUAAAGAGGGAAGGAUCGAGGCCGAUAAAAUCAACGAAAGUAACAAUGCCAAUGCGGGUGGAGGAAGUGGCACAAACACGGGCAGAAUGGAUGGCAAUCAUUCGCACCGAUCGAGUAGAAUGAACAACAGCGGUCAGAACCACGGCAUGUACAGCAACAAUGCAGAUGGAGAAAACUACGUAGAUAGCUCAAGCAGCCUAUUCUUCUGCAACCCCUACAUUAAGAACCGAAGUGACAAUAGCAAUUAUGUACAUAAACUGGUUUCCAUAGAUUUGUGGGAAAAAUUAAUUGACGAGUGUGUCGUCGUUUUAAAUGACAAACUCUGCUUCCACUGCAUAACCCUCUUGAAGGAAGUAGAGCUGGAUUACUCCAUCUUUAUUUCGAAGUGUGCCCAUGAUUAUUACAAGAAGUAUAGAAUUAUGUUAGCCCUAGAGUUGCAAGCCAAUCUGUCACAGAGUAUUCAAGAGAAAAAAGAUUUCGAAUAUCUACAUGAAAAUAAAUCAUUACUGUUAAAGGUAAAAAGUGCAACUAUGCCCAUUUUGUCAUUCACCUGUACCUUAACAUUGGAAGAAAAGGAAUGGAUGAAGUCGACACAAAUGAGGGAAGACGAUAUUGUGUUACUAAAACCGUGUGACUUGAUGCUCACGGAUGAAGAUGCCUGGUCCAGCAGCCUCAUCGGUACCAUUACAAGUACAAAGAGUGACAACACCGUUUACAACAUCAACGUUAGAAUAUUCUCUGCUGAAAACACCAGAAAGGCAAAUGUGAAGUAUAGCAAGUAUAAGCUCUUUCUAUUAUUGAAUAUUGUCACUCAUGAAAGAAUGGUGCAAGCCCUGAGGGCCAUAACCUUUAUAAGUUCCAUUCCGACAACGAACCAAUCGCCGUACGUGUUCACCCCAGAAAUUCGCUUCCUCAUAUUGCACUCGUACAAUAAGUAUUCAAAGCACAUUGCACAGACGGGGAAAUUGAACCACGAAAUUGCAGAGUAUGAAAAGAUCAAGAUGGAUUUCCACAACCAUGAAUCGUCCAAAAAUAAUGCGCAAGAAGAUUUACUAAGCCAGUACAGUGGGCAAGCAAAAAAUCCCUAUGGAGAUUUACUCAACGAUGCACUGAACAGACAAAUUGGAAAAACACACACAGAUGAUAUUGAUCAAUAUUUAAUCGAAUCUAUCAAUUUGCCAACCAAUUUGCCGCUAAACGAUUCCCAAAAAUUGGCAUGCCUUAGUGCUCUGACCAGAAGACUAACCCUUGUGCAAGGACCCCCCGGUACAGGAAAAACCCACGUUGCUUGCGCAAUUAUUGACAGCUGGCACAGGCAAAAUAGUAACAAAAAGAUACUGGCCGUGGCAGACUCCAACGUCGCAGCUAAUAACCUCGUGGAAGGACUCAAGAAGAGGAACAUCCAAGCAGUCAGAGUGGGUGCAGGAAGUGACAGCGAUUUCCACGAAGAAGCCAUCAUGGACUUCCACCGAUAUAAAGAUCUCCUAAAGUUGAGAAAAAACAAUUUACAAAAAGAAGCUAAAGUUAUGAAAGCCCUAUUAUUCCUUGAAGCGGUGAAAAAGUACAACGUCGUCAUAGCCACCUGUGUCGGUUCAGGACAUGAAAUAUUUGACAAUGAAAAAUUCGAAAGAGUCAUUAUUGACGAAUGUGCACAGUCGAUUGAGCCUUCGAAUCUUAUUCCGCUGGGGCACAAUUGCAACAAUUUGGUCCUAAUCGGAGAUCACAAGCAGUUACCACCAACUAUCAUUUCGUCAGACGCUACCAAAUUAGGGUUAGAUCGAUCCCUGCUGGAACGAUUUGUCAUGGCCAAAAUCGCCCCUGUUCAUUUGCUAACCACUCAAAGACGUAUGCAUCUAAGUAUUUGUACUUUUCCAAACAUCCAUUUUUAUGAUAACAAAUUGAAGACUGAAAAUGUCACCGAGGAAAAUCGACCAAUUAUUAAGGGAUUCUUGUGGCCAAACCCGAAAUGCAGAUUAGCAUUCAUAGAUGUAUCUCUCGGAAAGCCAGGAAGUAAGUUUGAAAAUUCUUACGGUACUUCCAAGUUUAAUUUAUACGAAAUUGAACCCCUAAUAUCUGUGCUAAAAUCGAUUGUAAAUGAGGGCUGCGUAUCUGUCGACGAAAUAGGCAUUUUAACAGCCUAUGAUGCGCAGAAAGUGAAGUUGAAGAAAGCGGUCCAAGAUGCGUUCCCCUAUGAGGCAGCAUGUCGAAUAGAAAUUGACUCCAUCGAUGGGUUCCAAGGAAAGGAAAAAGAUUUGAUUCUAUUUUCUGCUGUUAGAUCAAAUGCAAAUAACGAAUUAGGAUUUUUAAAAGAUGCCAGAAGAUUGAAUGUCAUGUUGACAAGAGCUAAAAGAGGAGUGAUCCUAUUUGGAGAUCAGUUUACCCUAGCUAAUGAUCCCGAAAACUGGCUACCCUGGCUAAACUGGAUUUCAUCCAAAAGGGCAGUCGUACACAUUACCAAACUGAAUGAACACCUAGAAAAUGCAGAUUAUUCCUUGAUAGAUAAACUGAACAAAAUAAACAAGACUGUUAAUUUGAAAAACGUGAACGUAUCGGAUCAUUAUUUCUUAUACGGAAAUGACACUGGAUUUUCGAACGACUACAAUGAGCCACAGAACUAUAAUCAAAACGAAGAAGCCAACUUCACCGUCGAUUUGAAUGAUACCAAGGAGGAAGUAGAACCAGUCGAAGAAAUUGUUGAAAACUGGGAAGAUUUACUCUGA